AGUUGUGCACAGAUGUUGCGACUAGUGACUGCGAAUGUUAGUCCGAACGGCAUUAGAAAUAAAACAAAACAAAGCGUAGAGACGGCGCAAGCGAUUCUUUUGGUGUUAAAAUAAUGGCCGGGCUCUUACACCUAACAAAAUUGUGCAGCAAAAACGCCCAAUUGGCCCACAUCUGCCGCAGCACAUACCCCACUAUUGGCAAGGGAGGCCACAACCACGUGCAACCAAGAGUUUUGUACUCUACGCUUGUAAAAGGAGAAGAUGAUAGUGGUGAUGCCAAAUCAAAGAAGAUUACUCCAUUUACACCUACACCAGGAAGCAAACUCCUGGGUGGAGUAUUCGGUAAAAAAGCUAAAGGUGCAACAUCAGCCCCGGCAGUAGCAACAACGCUUCGACAACAACAACAGCAUCGACGACAACAACAACAACAAUCACGACAAUGUCACGUUCAUAUAGGAGGUACCGGCACUGAUGGCGGCACAGCACUUGGUAAAUUGGAUGCACCAGAGGUGACCUCACAGGAUAUGCUUAGGGCCAUGAUGGCAUACAUUUGGCCCAAAGAGGAUCCCCUAGUUCGCAAGCGGGUGGGAAUAUCCCUGGGUCUACUGGCUGGAUCAAAACUGUUGACUGUCUGUGUGCCAUUUUUGUUCAAAGGCGCCGUGGAUACCAUGACCACACUGAAUAUGGAUACAGCCCCCGAUGCAGUGCUCUCGACGGCCACAGCUCUACUUUUGGGAUAUGGCAUUGCUCGAGCUAGUGCAGCCGGUUUUAAUGAGCUACGUAAUGCAGUUUUCGCUAAAGUGGCUCACCAUUCCAUACGUAAAAUAGCCAGCAAUGUGUUCCUUCAUUUGCAUAAUUUGGAUUUGGCGUUCCAUUUGAAUAAACAGACCGGCGCCUUGUCAAAGACAAUUGAUCGGGGUUCGCGUGGAAUUAAUUUCGUACUCUCCGCCAUGGUGUUCAAUAUUGUGCCGACAAUAUUCGAAUUGGCCCUCGUUUCCAGUAUCCUGGGAAUAAAAUGUGGCCUAGCAUUCGCCGGCGUUAGCAUGGGCUGUGUGGGCAUUUAUGCUGUAUAUACGCUGAGCGUGACCCAAUGGCGAACACGCUUCCGUGUGUACAUGAAUCAGGCGGAAAAUGAGGCGGGCAACAAGGCGGUAGACUCACUUAUCAACUACGAGACCGUAAAGUACUUCAACAAUGAGAAAUACGAGGCCGGUUGCUAUAACGAAGUGCUGAAAAAAUACGAGGCAGCUAGCCUAAAGACAUCUUCCAGUCUGGCAUUGCUUAAUUUUGGACAAAAUGCCAUCUUCAGCAGUGCCCUCAGCUUGAUUAUGGUUUUGGCGGCGAAAGAGAUUGCCCAAGGUAACAUGACAGUUGGCGAUUUGGUCAUGGUAAAUGGGCUUCUCUUCCAGUUGUCGAUUCCACUAGGUUUCCUGGGCAGCGUCUAUCGUGAGGUCCGUCAGGCUUUACUCGACAUGCAAGCCAUGUUUACCCUAAUGAAUGUGGAUAGUCGCAUCCAAACGAAGGCCAAUGCCCAACCGCUUUUUGUGGACAAUAACAACUCGUCAAUUGAAUUCCGUAAUGUGAGCUUUGAGUAUGAGCCGGGUAAACCCAUCUUUAGAGAUUUGUCCUUUACCAUACCUGCCGGUAAGAACGUGGCCAUUGUGGGAGGCUCGGGCUCUGGCAAAUCGUCAAUGGUACGCCUUCUAUAUCGUUUCUUUGAGCCCAACUCGGGCCAAGUGCUUAUUGGUGGUCAGGAUAUCAACAGCGUUGAUUUAGAUAGCCUGCGCAAAACCAUUGCUGUGGUGCCGCAGGAUUCGGUACUGUUCCAUAACACCAUCGAGCACAAUAUUCAUUAUGGCAACUUAAGCAAAACACAUCAAGAUGUAGAGAAUGCGGCUCGUAUGGCUGAUCUGCAUGAUUCCAUCAUGAGUUGGCCGGCACAGUACAACACCGCUGUUGGUGAACGAGGACUAAAGCUUUCUGGCGGCGAAAAGCAGCGAGUGGCCAUUGCUAGGGCCAUACUUAAGAAUACCCCCAUUCUUAUUUUCGAUGAGGCCACCAGCAGUCUGGACUCCAUAACCGAACAUAAUAUUCUACAGGCGCUAAGUCGGGCGACAUCGGGUCGCACUAGCAUUUGCAUUGCCCACCGCCUGUCCACGGUAAAAGAUGCUGAUGAGAUCUUGGUUUUGGAAAAUGGUCGUGUAGGUGAGCGGGGCACACAUUUUGAACUGUUACGACAAAAUGGACUCUAUGCACGCCUGUGGGAGACGCAGACUCAGCAAUUUGACCCAAGUCGUUUGACAGAAGACGUCGAUGGCCCAAAGGAAGCAGCCAAGGCGCUUUAAUGAAAUAUUGAAACAAUUGUAAUGUUGAGGCUAUUGUGAUGGUCAUGUGUUUUAGAUUUAACAUUCACACAUAUAAAUAUAUAUACUUGCAUAUAUGUAUGUAUAUAUAUAUAUAUGUAUAUGUAUAUAACCCAAUUGAGAAAUCAAAUUCCCAAUCCAACGCGCUAAAUUUACUGUAGAGUUUUGUUCACAUUUUGCGCCCAAAGUCAUAUUGUGUCGUUUUGUAAAUAUAGUUAUAUGUAUAUGUACAACAAAAUUA